AGAACGGGUCGACUAUAAAUUUUAUUCGACUGUCUUAUAUUAAUAGGUCUGAUCCCCAUCAGGCUGACAUACAAUAUGUGCGCGCAUCUGUCAGGGUCGGAGCUGGCUUCAUCUUACAUAUCUGUUUCUUUCUUUCCCUCGUUUCCUACUUUGCUUGCAUAUAUUGCAUAGUAUAUUGCAUAUAGACCUAUUCAUAGCGGCUUGUUGCUUUCCUUUCGUUUCUCCCACCUAUAUCGAAUAUCUCUUCGACACCCACACCGAUACACGAACACUACUACGACCACCAAAACCAGAGGAAAACCAUCACCAUGAGCCUCACUUGCACGCACGUCACACCAGAAUGUCCCGUCACGGCGACAACAUAUGGCUACUAUCCCAAUCUAGGCGGUAAUAUCUUUUUCGCCGUCUACUUUGGCCUACUCGGCACCCUCCAACUUGGUCUCGGCGUCUACUACCGCUCCUGGACCAUGUUGAUAGCGAUGGUAAUCGGCGGAUACAUGGAACUAGCAGGAUACAUCGGCCGAAUCUUAAUGAACCAUAAUCCCUGGGACCAAGGCGGCUUCAAACUGCAAAUUGUCUGUCUCGUGCUCGCCCCGACCUUCAUCGCCGCCGGUAUCUAUCUCACCCUGAAGCACGUCAUCCUCUCCUUGGGCCCAGAACACUCGCGUCUCAAGCCCCGGCUCUUUACCUGGAUCUUUAUCAGCUGUGAUGUCGGAUCGCUCAUUCUCCAGGCCGCAGGUGGUGGUGUUGCCGCUGCAGCGGGCAGCGAGAAUCAGAAUCUGCUGAAGGUGGGCGAUGAUAUCAUGGUGGCGGGUAUCGCCUUCCAGGUGGGCACGAUGUCGGUUUGUGGUCUGUUGGCGCUGGAUUUCUUUAUCCGCGUUGUGAGAAAGGGACCCGGUUUGGGCGGCGAGAAGUAUAUUGAUGAGAAUGGGAAUCUCACUGGGCCGAAGCACCUCAGGGUUGUUGUUUGGGCGGGCAUCGUGGCUUACUUUGCUACUUUGAUUCGGUGUAUUUAUCGUAUUCCCGAAAUGGCCGGUGGAUGGGGUAACCCGCUCAUGCAGAAGGAGAAUGAAUUCUUGGUUUUGGAUGGAAUGAUGAUGGCCAUCGCCGUGAGCUGCCUUACCUACCUUUACCCUGGAUUCUUCCUGCAAUCUAUCCGGAAGGGUAUGAAGAAGACUCCGAAGGCCUAGGUUAUAUACAAUAUUUCAUAUUUUAUUGUAUAUUUAUAUAUGCAUAGCACAUACAAUAGAUACCCGUUUACUACUAUCGCUGGAG